AUGCCGUUGCCGAAUACAGAUGCUGAAGAGCAGAACAAUGAAUUGCAGUCGAAAGUGCUGCCCCCUAACCCCGGCCCAUUGCUAGCUAUAGAAGCGGAGCAACAGAGGACUAAGCUGCAUUCAAGAGUUCCGCUCUCGAAGGAACGUCAUUUGAUUCAAGUGGAACCAGCAAGAGGCGGAAUAACCGAGGCGUUUGGUGUCAUCAAACCGGCUGUCGACCAGAAACAACAGCGGGUUAUCAUAGAGGUGGUUGUUUUGUUGCAUUCUUUUACGAAUGAACCUGGUUGGAGUUUAUGA